AGAACGAAGCUUUAGAGACAAAUAUAUAGAAAAAAUGCCAAUAACACGGAAAUAUAUUAACAACAGAGAAGAUAGCACUACGUCCAAGAAUAAUAAAAUAAGUCCCCCACAUCAGGAAGGCCGAGGAAUCCCGUACCACUCCAACAAGACUCCAACAAAGUAUCAAGAAACCCAAGAAAAGACUAAUAAAAUAACCCUGAGAUAG